AUGCCUACCAUUACCACCGGGUCUACUUCUCUCCAAACUGCGGUUGUCAGAAACACCAGGAAUAUUAUUUUUCAUUUGAUCCACCUCGACACUGAACGCUACCCCACUGAACGCUACCCCACUGAACGCCACCCCACUGAACGCCACCCCACUGAACGCCACCCCACUGAACGCCACCCCACUGAACGCCACCCCACUGAACGCCACCCCACCCCACUGAACGCCACCCCACUGAACGCCACCCCACUGAACGCCACCCCACUGAACGCCACCCCACUGAACGCUACCCCACUGAACGCCACCCCACUGAACGCCACCCCACUGAACUCUACCCCACUGAACUCUACCCCACUGAACGCUACCCCACUGAACGCCACCCCACUGAACGCCACCCCACUGAACGCCAACCCCACUGAACGCUACCCCACUGAACGCCACCCCACUGAACGCCACCCCACUGAACGCCACCCCACUGAACGCCACCCCACUGAACGCCACCCCACUGAACGCCACCCCACUGAACGCUACCCCACUGAACGCUACCCCACUGAUCACCCCUUUGUGUGGCGCCCUGUUCCGGAGAGCAAAGCACACCACAGGUUGAACCUCGAGCCGUGUGAAGCACCGCUUCUUCUGGGCAGAGGAUUGUUACGUUCCCCAGUUUAUGGGUAG